CUAUCUCACUCUGACAUUAGCUACUGUACUCUCAUCCACAGCCUUCAUUCCAACCUUCCUCAUCCUACCUUCAAUCCAUUCUUGCUGAUGAACACAGCCGUGAAACCCCUCCUCUCAUACAAUGAAGCCUUGCGAAUUCCCCGGCAAAGAUCCUUGGAAUGAAAUCUGCAAUAAGCUUCGUCGAGUUCGUGCAGUUUACAAGCAGGAAUCGCAAUCGCCACAGCAUGAGCCUACUAGGAAGGCCGAAUCAUCGACUGCUUCAAAGCCGACAAGGCUGACACGAAUCAACAACAUCGUGUCUUGUGCUGCGUCCAGAUUCACAUCAUUUCAGAGUCACGACUACCCGCCUCCCAGCCCUCGUGAUCACCUUUCGAAGAAUGCAACUUAUCCGGCGGAAGCAAAGCACCGCAAGUAUUGGUCGCUUCUGCCUCACCAGAUCUCAACAACUGAAGCCAAGCAAUGCCCCCAGUCACACGUCAGCAACACUCCAACGGCACUAAAUCCCAUGAGCGCUUCCGAGCGGCGAAUGCUGUCGAUGCUGGAAAGUCGACUUAUCCAACAGCUCCGCUGCCUAGCCACGACGCCGACCGAUCGCUACGACGAGUUAGUCCUCCUAGGCCGGAAUGCAGUGUGGAUGAGCGAAGACGAUGUCAGGAUCCUGCAAGACAUUGCAGCGUUGACGAUGCAUUUGACCCGAGAGCAGAAGGUGACGGUGCUGAGCGAUCUGCACGCUCUUCUGGAACCGGAAUAUCGAUAUGCUCUGCGACAAGUCGUCAUGCAUGGGGUUCAGAUCGUUCGACUGGGGUUAGACGACGUUCACACGGAGGAGGCUGGGAGUCCGAUGGGUGUAGACCACGACGAGGCUGAACUGGUACCUGAUGCAAUGCAAUACGAAGCGCUUGACGAUCUCUACCCGAAACCACUGCGAAUACGACGGAGCCCACCAUCUAGGGAGGAGAAUCCAGAACAUGAGGUCGACGAUCCGGAGCCAACAAACUCAAGCCAACAAUCCAUCCACAUUCAUCCGAUCCCACGUAGAGGCGAAAGCCAAAGAAAAGGAAGUGUCUCCCGAGCCCGCGCAGCGCUGAUGGACAGCGCUUUGACAUCCCACUUCUCCCAUCGAGCCGGCGACCCGCGCAAUGCGAUUGGAAAUCACGGGCCUUAUCCGCAACUCAGCUUAUCUGGCCCAUCUAGCUCUUGUGCUAUCACGAAUAAACCACUCCCGCCACUGCCGGAAGAAGAGUUUAGGCUGUCGGACAGUGAGCGAUGGAGUUCGAUGUCUUUCGCCGAGCAGUUAGCGGCGUCUGUCAAGCCAUCGCCGGCUCGUAAGAUCGCUUUCGCUGAUUGUACUGAGCGGCCGACGUCCAUCACGCCAGUUCUCGAGAGGCACUCGAGAAUGCGAGGAGGUACAGAUGAGGGAUCGGCACAGACUUGGCCUUGGUACCAUGGUUGAUCUGGGCGCUCCUAUUCCGUGGGCGAAACAAAAUACGUUACGAGCUACAU